UUACGCCUCCGCAGUCAGCACGCGCAUUACAGUCAACCUUCCCCUCCCCUACCGCCCUGGCGCACUCCUCCACAGCCGCCGCCGCCGCCUUCUCCGUCCGAGCACUGCCGCUCUCUCUUCCUCUCCUCCACCGAUUCGUGCUCGUCCAGCUCUGGUGGGUAGUGCUAGUCGGCCGGCGACGAGGUAACUCAGCACCAAACAAUCAAACCAUCUAUCGAUCUGCAAUGGAAGCCAAGUUUUUCCGGUUUCUGAAGCUCGUGGGGGUCGGUUUCAAAGCGAGGUCAGAGAGCCAAGGCCGUGAGCUGUUCCUGAAACUGGGGUACAGUCACGAGGUGCAGUUUACCACGCCGCCCGCCGUCCGUGUCUUCUGCUUCAAACCCAACGUAAUCUGUUGCACCGGCAUUGACAAGGACAGGGUGCACCAGUUCGCUGGUGCGGUCCGGAACUGCAAGCCCCCAGAGGUGUACAAGGGGAAGGGCAUACUCUACCUCGAUGAGGUCAUCAAGCUGAAGCCCGGGAAGAAGCAAAAGAAGUGAUGGCUGAAAGGUGUUAGAACUUUAUAUUUGGUUUUUGACCUCUUGAGAUCGAUUCUGCUGUGCGGGUUUGAUUUGAUUUCUUGUGCUAGGCAGAUCAGCAUUGUCCCAGACUUACAUCAGUGUCAGGCAAUGCAAUGUACGUGAGGCAUGUAAUGGAGUUGUAUGACCAUGAAUAGGAAUAAGUUGCCGGUUUAAAUUUGUUUGGCAUCAGCUGAACCGUAAGUUGCAGGUUUGAUUGCAGUUGUGAGUGGAAUGUUUCCUUCCAAA